AUGAGCUCAACAAACUUCGCUGCUGCACAGGACCGCGUGCUGGAGCGCCGUCGCCUCCGCGAGGCUGAAGCGCGUGCCCGUCAGGCUGAACAGCAACGAGCCUCCCCAAUCAACCCGGCUGCCGUUCAACGUCUACCGUAUCCGUUGAGCAAUAUACCAGUGGCAGGAUGGAACAUCUGGAACUCAGUGAAGGGGAGAGAUGGAACGCGACCAGCCUUUCGAGUCGGACAGGUCGAUGCCGAGCUGCUGGAUGAGGAGCUUCUAGGCCUGAUGAAGGGCCAGGUCGGAGAUGCGCUCAAGUAUUUCGGGCCUCAGGUGCGUGAAGACUGGUCUCAUGAAAUUUUAUUCGCGCUACGAGCGAUUCUCUUUAAAUUAUCGAUAUGGGACCACAAUGCAUCGUAUGGAGCCGCUCUCCAGGGCCUUCGAUAUACCGACAGUCGCAGUGAAGGCCCAGUUUAUUCGGCUCCGACAAAAACACAAAAGACCAUGUACGGCCUCCUCACGGUCGGUGGACGCUAUGCAUGGGACAAGUGGGGGAGCUGGUUGAUCGGACAGGAGGGUGGCUAUGAAGAACCAUCCCAGGAGGUUCGCAUGUGGUCUCGAUUAACAGACUUGGCCUCAUCGGCUCACUCGGUGGCCGCCUUCGCAUCUUUCCUCAUAUUUUUGGUCAACGGCCGCUAUCGUACAUUAAUCGACAGAAUGCUACGAAUUCGCCUUACACCGCCAUCUGCCCAGGCCAGUCGGGAAGUUUCCUUCGAAUACCUAAACCGACAACUAGUAUGGCAUGCCUUUACCGAAUUCCUCUUGUUCUUGCUACCUCUCGUCGGAAUCAGUCGCUGGCGCCGAUGGGUGUCUCGUGCAUGGCGGAAGACCGUCAAUGCACUCAAGUCAAAUGGGGAAGAGGAAGAAUUCCUUGGUAAACAUGGCGAGCUUGCUCAUCUCCCGGAACGUACAUGCGCUAUUUGCUAUCGAGACCAAAAUCCUACUUCCACCACCGAAAGCGAUGUGAUCGCGGCCUCGGUCUCCGUUGGCAUUGCAGGAUCCGCGCAGACCGACAUCACCAACCCAUAUGAAACCAUCCCCUGCGGUUGCAUUUAUUGUUUUGUCUGCAUUGUUCAGAAGCUCGAAGGAGAAGAGGGUCAGGGGUGGACCUGUCUCCGAUGUGGUGAAACCGUCAAGAAAUGUCAGCCUUGGAGCGGAGAUGUUCUUGAAGAGGCUCGAUCACAACCCGGGACUGGCAAGAUUGUCGGAUUUGCUAUGGAUGACGAGAAUGAUCUCAAGCAGGUAGAUCAGACUGGUGAUAGCACCAGCAACCCAUAA